AUGAGUGCAUCCGCAAUUGAAGUUGUUAAUGGAAGCCUCUGCUCUGCUGUGGUGUUCCCAUCUUUCAAAAUCAGAACUUCACUUUUCUCCAAAUAUGACAUCAGAGCUUCCCUUGCCGUUGAGCAACAAACUUCGCAGACUAAGGUUGCUCAGAAUUGGUACCAGAGGAAGAGUAGUCCACUAGCUCUGGCUCAAGCAUAUGAGAUCAGAGACAAGUUCAUUGCAUCACAUCCAGAGCUAGCAGAAGAAGGGGCAAUUCAGAUUGGCCUGUUCACGAAAGAAAUAGAUGAGGCACUCAUAAACAGUGACAUUGACACGGCUGUUCACUCAAGGAAAGAUGUUCCUACUUACUUACCUGAUAAAACAGUUCUACCAUCCUUCCCCGUGAAGAUGUCAGAGAUGCGUUAA